UCAAAUUCCAACUCAUUAGAGAAGCAAAAAAUAAAGGUGAAAAAAGAAAAUUUCAAAUCGGAGGAAAUAUCGGAAGGAAGAUGGCGGGAUCCCUAACUGCAUCAGUCCACCGCGGAAACGCGGAGGCUUCAGAAACUUCCCGAUGGCUAAUCAGCUUCGCUCGGUUCAUUCCGUUUCCGUCUUCUCCAUCUCCGUAUCCAGGACUCGUUCCUCUCGGGAAGAGGGAGCGGAGCUCGUCCCCCAUAGGGACGUGGCUGUCGACGUCCUUCUCGAAGGUGUAUCUCACUCUGGUGGACGAAGUGAACGGAUCCGAUGCGAUUCUCUCCGUCGAACUCGCCGGCAAAAUCCUCGAAGAACACUACAUUUCGAAGCUGAACUUCUCGUGGCCUCACAUGACGUGCGUUUCUGGGUUCCCAUCUCGUGGCAGCCGAGCGAUUCUCGUUAGCUACAUGGACUCUGAAAACGAGAUCCAAAAGUUCGCUUUAAGGUUCUCCACAUGUGAUGCAGCUGUGACCUUUGUAGCAGCGCUUAAGGUUAGCCAUUAGCUGCAAAGAGCUGCUUUAUACAUGUUGAUUUAGAUAGAGAUGAUGUCUCAUUU